CGAAUUUGCUUACACUAAGCAAGCGUUCUGCAUUAGAAUGAAGGAUGGAAGGUCAAAAUGUUAAAUCUGGAUUCAUAGCUGUGCAUCUGGCCAUUCAUUUCCAGUUUUGCUAGAGUGCGUACAUGUAUUACACCCCCAGAAUUGUGGGGUUCGUCAUCCGCUGUGCUCCCAUGAGCGCGCCAGAUGACGACAUGAAUAUGGCUGGAUACUACAGCACAGCAAGGAUCUUUCAAGGAUAGCCAAGACCCACAUUGUGCUGGGUAAAUAGGGCCCACAUGCCUGUAGUUCCAGCAUGUCUAGUAUGCAUUGCCAUGAAAAUGAUACAUGACAGAUGUUGUGCCCUGGAUGUGGUUUCUGCAGCUGUUGCCAUCCUAGAGGAUAGUCCAUUCACCAAUGCAGGUAUUGGAUCCAACCUUAAUCUGUGCGGGAAUGUGGAAUGCGAUGCUAGCAUCAUGGAUGGGAGAAGUCUGCAGUAUGGUGCUGUAGGAGCAUUAUCUGGUGUGCAGAAUCCUAUUAAAGUGUGCAGAGCACUCAUUCAGGAACAGAUGAAGGGACCAUUGUCUUGUGGCAGAAUUCCACCUUGUGUUUUGGUAGGUAAUGGGGCACUGCAGUGGGCACGGAACUACGGCAUUCAGGAGACGACAACCAGCUCACUGCUGACAAAGAGCACCCUCUCUGCCUACCGCAAACAUAAGAGGAGAUUGUCGGCGGUGGACCAGAACUCUUCAAAGAAACGUGACACGAGUGACAACCAUAUCCAACCUCCCUGCCUGGUUGUUGACAGUUUGCCAUCCGAUGGUGUUAGUUGCAUAGAUUCCUUGUUAGAUACUGUGGGCGCGGUGUGUGUGGAUGCAAGCGGCAACGUUAGCAGUGCUGUGUCUAGUGGGGGUAUCGCCCUCAAACACCCGGGCAGAGUUGGUCAGGCAUCAAUGUAUGGGUGUGGUUGCUGGGCCCAGAAUGGGACCAAAGAUGACCGGCCAUCCGUGGCCUGUUCUACGUCGGGCUGUGGGGAGCACCUCAUGAAAACCUUGCUAGCCAAGGAGUGCUGCAGAAGUGUGCUAGGCUCGGGCGAUUGCUCCGCCAUGGCUGUGCAGAGGACCUUCAGGGAAGGAUUCAUAGAAUCGCCCUUUCUGGCGUCAGUUGACGAAAAACUUGGGGGCGCCCUUGUAUUGAGCCAUCACCAUGACGAGGGAGUGGAACUAGUGUGGGCACACACUACAGAGACAAUGUGUCUGGGUUACAUGAGUUCAGUCUCCAGUACUCCAAAGUUUCAGCUGUCCAGUUUACCUGCCUCUGCCACGUCAGGGAAAUCUCUUCAAGUACAAGGGGUUAACUUCAAGCAACCUCCGUAGAUGGAAGGCAGGUAAUUGAACAGGGUAUUUUAAGUCAAGCACUUUGCCUUUGCACUUUAUUCUUUUCAGGGGGGGGAGGAUUGGAAUGUUGUCCAUUAUCACCCUCAUUAUUAAAAACUUAUCUCUAUUUGGCCGGACUUGAAGUUUUCAUAGGUUGAGCUGGAGAAUGCUCAGAAUGGAAAAUUAUAAGAGUGAGAUUAGCAAACUGAUAUAACCCUGCUGCUCACUGCACUUUUGCUUUCCCUGUACAAAUCAAAGUUUCUUGACUUGUAAUUGGUUGUUCAUAGUUCUAGAUUUAGAUGAUGCCUGAAUGUUGUGCUAAAAUCUUCAACCCUCGUAAACAUCAUCAGACCUUUUUGUUCUCAUUUAUCAUCCCCAACAUGUUGUCUAUCCCAGGCAUAAACUACUUUGUAAUUGCCCCUUCAAAUCGUGUAUUUGUAUGUUUUGUUGAGUUCAUUCUUUGGGAUUUAUACAAACAUGGACCUUAAGCCAUUCAUACAUGCAAUGAAAGAUAACUUGUUGCAGAUGUUCUGGAUGUAGUUUUUGAUCUUUGCUAAAGCAGAUGUGGGAGCUUGGGGCAGUUCGACACUUCAGCCUUGGAGGUAGGCUGAGGGUUUUCCGUUUAUUUUUAAAAACAAUAAUAUAUUCUUUUUCAUUUUAUGCAUUAAUUUCAUAAUUUGUCGAAGAAUUGACAACAUUUAUGUGAUUCAAUUUUAAGACUCUUUAGUUAGAAGGUGUGACGUGCAAAACUGAAUAUGAAAUGGCCACUGAAAUGGUUAUUCUUUGAUAUGGUGCCAACCAUCUUCAUCAACCCUUUGGUGUGCAGAGGGAAACUGAGUGAAAGUUUAAUCAAGUUUACCCUUGGCAAAAUAAAAAUCCUGUUUAGAUUAAAUUACAAAAUGA